AUGCAGAGCGCAACAUCGAUGGGGUCGACCUCGUACGAAUCGUAUCCAGCUUCUCCGACUCCACACAUGCAGCACUCUACCACCGAGCCGUUCUCGUCCGCAUCUGCGUAUAGGAGCAGCAUGUCGCCUCCACCUCGUGCACCAUCUGCGUCCUUCUCUCCGCCGCCUCAUGCUGUCUCGAAUGGUGCAGUUGCUGCUGCUGGCUACGAACGUGUUCCACCCAUCAAUAGUGCACCGCCGGCAUCGACACUGGUCAUUCAAGAACCUCCAGCUCCGUCCACGCCUUUACCCGCACCUGCCGCAGCUCCUGGAGUGCCACGCAAGGGUACCGCUGGAGAGGCUCGUUCCGCCAAACACUCGAACAAUCGCGAUGGCGCCGCCUCCAUCUCCAAAUCAAAUCGUAGUAGCGGCGGAACAUCUUGGUUGUACGGCGACUCGAACUCGUUCAUCCGAGUUCCUUCCCGGAACGCUUUCCUCUACCUCGUCGUCACCGCCAUCGAAGCGGCGAUCGUCAUCACCUUGGUCACGUUCAUCUUCGUUCGCAUCGUCACGCAGGUGGACAACUUAUCUCAAAACCUCAAAACAGUCUCUGUCUACUUGGCGGUCUUUGUGUUCGGAUGCGUGUUCCAGGUGCUCAUCUCGUGGGAUGCGGUUCGACUCAAGAACACCAUGCAGCUGAUCGGAGUUCUCAUCUUCAAUCUGGCCUUGACAGCCACGGCUGCGAUCGAGAUCAGGCAGGUACGAGACGCGCUCAACGCUCAGGACCGCGUAGCCGGUGGGUUUCCGUGUCCAGACGAUCCGAAUCGGCUGUGUCGAGCAAACUCGCUUUUCCCUUCGGUGGAAAGGUACCUGAUCGCCGUAACAGGUGUUUGCUUCGUCAUCGAGUUCUUCCUCAUCUACCUCACCUUCAAACUCUGGAAGGAGUUCGGUUGGGUCAUCUACCAAAAGAUCGGUGCAGACUUGCGCGUACGAAGGAUGUUCUUCUGGUACCAGCUCUUCAUCGUCUUCCUCAAGUUCGCCUUCUUCUUCGGCGUCGGUUUCACCGUCAUCUACCUCAUCUUGGUCGCUCAGACUACGGAUUGGGAGUACGGUGUGACGAUCGCAGCAGUUCCGAUUGCUAUGGUCGCACUGUUCGCGGCUGGAUUCGCGGUGAGACGCGAAUGGACGAGUCUGAUGGUGCUUUCGCUGCUCCUCAUGAUGGCAGGGAUGGCGUACUUUGUGUUCAAGUUGACCCAGGUUUGGUUGCCGAGUACGAGGGACGAGUAUACGUACGUCCAUACCACGAUCACCUUCAUCAGUGGGUUUGCGUGCGCCAGUCUAGGGUUGACGCUCUUGAACGGCUUGAUCUGCUUGUUCAACUUCCACAAAGGAUUGAAGCCCGCACACGAUGCGAUUGGAAGGUUUGCAGGCGUACACAGGCAGAGGAAGAGUCGAAGUGGGCCUGGAGUGGGUGCAGCGAACGAUGAUGCCGAAGCGGCGGUGUUGGAUCUGGAUGAUGAAGAGAAUGGUAACGGAGGGGAAAAGGGACAGAAUGGCAUGAUGAACGGAGGGCCGGAUCCUAGGUUGGGAGGAGGGGCAGUGCAGAGUCCUAUGUACGCUUCGCCAUCUGGCGAGAUGACGUUUGCCGAUCGAAGAGCCAGCGCUGUCGCUCAGUCCUACGCCAUGCAUUCGCCGACCCCUGCCAGCCCGGGCAACGGCCCGGUCUACGCACCUCAACCUCCGCACGCCACUCAAAACAUCCCAGCUAGCCUCCAACCAGCCAGCCCAAUCCACUCCGCACGACCUCCGUCGCAACAGUUCUACCCUCAGCAACAGCAGCUGCCCAGCCCGUACACAACACUGGCAGACUCGCAUCAAGUCAAACCUACCGCUUCGCGCGUCUCCUUGGACUAG